AUCAUCAGAUUUUAAAACGAAUAGAGAGAGAGAGAGUGUUAAAAAGGAAGGGUGAGAGAAACAAAAAACAAGCCCUUGUGUUGGAACCCAAUGUCAGAGAAGCUGAGCAGAGCUGUCGCGAGAGGAACUUUUAGAGAGAGAAAGUCCACCAUUUUUUGAAAGGCUUCGGGUGAGAGGUGAUAUGAAUCCAAGCAAAACGGAAGAGGAUGUUCUCUUCAACCACUAUCGUCUGGACCCACACCACAACCAGAUCAUGGAUCAUCACAACGAUUCCCAGCCGUCGAUUUUAGAUCACCAUCGUCAUGAUCACGACCACGAAGAACCCUUCUCUCUCCCUCCUAUGUCUGAAAUAGUACUGUUCCACGACGAUGACGACGACUCAGUGAGUCGCACCUCCUCGGACGCCGACGACGCCACUAACCACAACCUUGCCUCUUGUAGCAGCGUUGUCGCCCAAUCUGACGAUGCUGUUUUGGGCAGAAACCCUAAACUACACACACGGGCGUACAUUAACCCCGAGCCCCAUAUAUCCACCCAAUUCUACACAUUCAACAGCGAAUCUCAUGCUCUGAUGAUCCGGUGCGUUCUCCAUGGCCGUCUCGCAACUCCGGAAGAGAUCCGAGCUGCAACGCCGCCCCCUGUGCUCGCGAGCUGGCGCUCCGUGUGGAAGGACCGCAAUGAGGACACGGCGUACCUGACGGCGUGGAAGCGAAUCCAGGACAAGCUCAACGCGCACGUGGACGCAAACGGUAACGAAUUUUUGUGUUUCAAGAACAAUUCGAAGCAAUUCGUUUCCCAUUAUAAUCAGUGGCAGGACAUAGUUAUGAGUUUUCAUAGCGAUGCUGACUUGAAACACUUAGGUCUCAAAGAUACCAUAGAAAAAAUUAAGCAAGUUUGGACUGUAGGUGCUAAAUUUUAUGGCAUUCCUGAAUCUUUCAUUAGGGUUUGUGUUGCUGAGUGUCCUGUGUGCUCGGACUCAUCUAGGUCCGGGAUGCGCACGAAACGGAGACGGUUUGAGUAUACAGAGUCAUUUGAUGUGCCAGCCAAGGAAGUGCCCCGUAAGUUGCAGCAAUUGGCAGCCAAACAUAUGGUUGUGUUAUGUAUAAGGCAGAAGUAUAUUAGGUAUAAGCCAUUCAUGGCGGAGGUUAAGGAUUAUGCUUGUCAUAGGGCAGGGGAGCCUUCUUCAUCUAAGAAGUCGAAGGUUUUGAAGAGAGAACCAUAUGCGUCGAAGAGGUGUGGUUGUGGGUUUCGGAUAAGGGCAAUUGUACCUAUUGCAAAUUACAAUGAGAAGGAUAAGACUUUUGUGUAUCAAGAAGAGGGGAUGGCAGUGUUUAAGUUGUAUGCAGUGCAUUCAGGGCAUGAACCAGGUCCUUUGGAUGGGAAUGCCAGGAUUAUGCAUCGGGUUGUUGGACAUAAGGGUGGGUUCUUGACGGAUGAUGAAACAGUGUAUGGGAUGACUGAGGAAGCAGAGAAUGAGGGUUUUGGGUUCACGGGGAAGGGUGAAGGAGACUUGCAACAUUCCGUUUUGCAGCAAGUACAGGAACUCAGAAAUGAAGUUGGCUUGCUUGAAGGGAGAAUUGUAAAAAUACCGUGUGAGCUAUUGGCUUCAGUGUCACAGGAAUUGGUUGAUAUUGUGAAUAAACUUAGAACAAUUGGAGAAUGUGGCUCAAAGCCAGUUGAGUUCCUUCCUGACAAGCCGCAUUCAGAUGAUUUGCUGGUAAGAGAGAAUGAUUUAGCAGAUUGGAGUGACCAUCACCAUGAAGGAAUGUAUGGUGACAGUAAAGAACCAGAAUUGAUUGAAGAAAAUGAAGGCAGUUUUGGGCAAACUCUUGGGGAUGUUGGGCCUUGGGAUCAGAUUAGGACAGAAUGUAGGAGUGAGAAGGAUCUUUUAGGAGAGACUUGUAAACCGGAAAAGUGGUUAAGAUGCAGUGAGUUUGAUGAGAAAAGCAUUCUUGACUGCGAGGAUUCUAAACUAAUCAAGCCCCCAAGGGAUGAUGAAACUAUAGUGACAGAUGUAGGUCUUGUCGGUAUACAAGUAGACAGCUUCUACCCAGAGAAUCCCAAAUGGUAUGAUUCUCCUUGUGAGUUGGACUCCGGCACAGAUUGUGGUGAUAAUGGAUUCAGGCAUGGGGAGAUUGUAUAGAGUUUUAUAGAGUUUGGUUAAGCCACUCUGACAUAAUUAUGAAUUAUUAGGUGCCAUUCAUCUAUUCUCACAGUUGGAAGUGGGUUGUAUAUUUAUGCAUACAAAGAUUGGAGCCUGUCACAAGAUUUUAGGUGUCUUUGCUCCUUGUGGUUCUGUAAAGUACAGCCGUUGGGCUUCUCUGCACAUACUUUUUCAGAUAACUAUUUGUUAACCAUGUUAUAAUCCUUCAAAUUUAAAGCUUGGCUUUUUCAUACAUUCGUAUCAGUGAUGAUAUCUGUUUCCUGUGUUCAAUGAAGUUCUUGUAUUUGUUGUAUAUGCAGUGAUGGUUUUCCACCAGUUCUGCUGCAUUUUUUUAUAUAUAAGAAAACCUAUUUUAUAGUGA